AUGCUUAGGAAUUUAGCUCUCACUCUAUUAGCUACUAUAAACCUGGCAGAUUUCGCAAGUUCUGCUUUUCUAGGUUCUUCAUUUUCAGAUUCUUUGUAAGAUUGUGUAUCAUUCAUGCAUAUGUUUGACUAUACAUUCUCUAAUUCCCAAGGUGGAUCUGCUGAUCGUCCAUACGGUUUAACAUCUAAUUAAGAUUAUGAAAUGGUAAAAUGUUCUAUACCAGGAAUAUGCCCAGAUGAUAUUAGUAGAACCACCUGUUAAUGGAUGAGAAUAUUAACCGUAGUAUGUUAAGCUGUUUAGACUGGAACUGGUUAUGAUAUUCAAGUGCUCACCAACUCAUUGCCCAAUCAUUGUUACUACAGUUAAAUCUCAGCACCAGUUGGUUCUUUCGCAAAAUAUAAUACAUAUGGUAUCAGAACUCACUGGAACUUAGCAACAAGAAGUAUGGAUAAAGCAACUGGUCUUUUGAGAAACUAAGUAUUCUAUAAUACUAAUUUAGCUACAUAAACGGAUGUAAAUAAUUAACUUUGCGAUGGAAAAUGGGCAAAGGGAGCUACGUUGGACAAUAACAUUUAUUAUAGAGAGGCAAUGGACGAUGGUACUUACAACACCUAUGCUAAUAAUAAAUGGGCAAGUGACUGGAAUCUAAAUACGGUAACUACCCCAUUAUUGAGAAUGCCGGAUUCUGAUGCCAUUGUUGGUAUAGCUUUGAAUGGAGUUUUUAUUUUCGCUGGUAAUUAAGAAAACGGUCUAGAUGCUUUCUUCCCAAAGAAUUUCUAACAUGACAAACAAUACGAAUUAAACAGAAUUGAUAUUGAUCUUUGCUUAGGAUCAUUCCACACCUUUAGUACUUACAGAUAUCAUAUGUUCUCUCCUUGUAUCUAUGACAUCAAACUUAGAGACUAAGUAGGAUUGUGUAGAAGAAAUGAUACUUGUGACCAGAAUUUAACCUAAUAUGCUGUAGAUAUGGUUCCAUCUGUAAUGAAAACACAAGCACCAAUCGGAAUUGCAAAAGAUGGAAGAGUCAUAUAUGGACCUUAUAAAAUCACAGGAGAACUUUGGUAACCUUGCGAAGUGGAUAUUUGUAACGGUGUUAAUUUCGGUAGUUUCUAUGGAUAUGUAGCUACUGUUUUCCAUCCUUACGUCGUAGGUUGCUGGGGUCCAGGAAACAAACCUUCAUAUCAUGCAUAAUGCUCUUCAAACCCCAGACUCUGCUCAAACGCUAACUACCUAAGCUCGAUGUUCACCGUUAUAGGAGGCGCAAUUAUGUUUUUCCUCUAUGCCAUCAUACUUUGA